AUGCCUGCAGGUUUCACUGUCAGCGGCACCGACGGCCAGUCUACGCCCCCUGCAACCUCUCCGUCGAACCCGCCGCUGCCCGCUGCGGGCGCGUCCGAAGAUGCCACAGACGCCGGUGCAAAAGAGAACAUAAACCCUCCCGAGGAAGUCAAAGAAAAAACGCAGAAAAAUGGGCAGGACUCAAAAGAGACGGGAGAAUUCGAUGAUUUUGGCCUCCCCAUUCGAACGCGCUCGACGCCAGAACGGCUCCCCGACGGCUCGCCCGAGAAUACAGACGAUCGCCCUGAAGCUCAAGCGGUGCAGCCCUCAACCGAUACUUCGAACACAAAACCCGAUAUACAGCCAAAACAAGACACAAAUGCAGAAAAAUUGGCCGAGCCAGUACCGGAAACCAAGGCUGGGGCUGAAACUGGAACUGGAAGUAUCGAUGUGGUGGAACAACCAGCACUGUCGGACACCAAGGUGGAAACUCAGCCUAACACUACGCCCGUGCAGAAGUCUGAUACGGGAGCUCCAACUGAGUCAGCUCCAUCUCGAACGUCAGCAUCCAAGUCCAGGACUGCUGAGAUUUCAGAAUGGUCACACAUGCGUUUGGCCCAACCCGUGGAGGCAAAUACUGAAAGCGACGAUGAAGAGGAACCUGAGGAUUGGCAAGCCAUGCCAGCCCUGGGAGAAUUCGACUACUAUGAUGACUAUGGAAGAUUGAUCGCACGCGGUGCUCAAGCGGAGGACGAUGAAGCUGUUUACCAAGGGCUAGGUGGCGCUGGAAAAGGAUAUACUCGAGUCCAGCUGGACGAAGAUGCUCAGUCUGCCACCAGUAUGGAUGAAGACACAAGCUACCUUUUCCGAGAGACUGGAGGCAACCAGGCUGGCCUUGAAGGCGAGGAACUUCGUGAUACCAUGAGUCAACUGCAAGCCACAAAGGAUUUCCUUAACGAAACUCAAAAAAUUGCGUAUGUUGGUGUGGUCAGACUGGCAAUACAUAAAAUGAACUCUGAGCUGGCUGAGAUGCCCACCACCAAGGGCACACGCAAAGCACUACAAAAGGCCCGCGAUAACAUGAGAAAGUGGGGACAAGCAAUGAUGGGGAGAUUAUAUGCCCAUAUGGAUAUCAACACGGCCGAGCAGAUCAUGAUCGAACAGCUUGCUGGACAUGGCGUCCAACCUGAGGACCUUAUCAGGCCUCUCAUGCAAAAUGCACGGGUCAAAAAUCCAAUGGCCGAGAGUGAUACACGACCUUCAACCUCUUCAGUUUCAUCUCCCACCUCCAAAAUAGAUCCUCGAAACAGAUUUUCUACCGAGACUGCCAAUUCUUCUGAGCCCGGCUCCCCACCUCCAUAUGAGACACAUGAAGGCGAGGGGAUGGUCCCAGAAGUUCAAACACCAUCUCAAAUGCCGACCUCCGAUCGAAUUGACAUUGAUCUUCGUUGGACAGUUCUAUGUGAUCUAUUCCUCGUGCUUAUUGCAGACUCCGCCUACGAUGCCCGGUCACGGACUUUGUUGGAAAGAGUUGGAGCAGCCAUGGAGGUGACGUGGCUACAGAUCUCUCGAUUUGAGAAGCGAGUGACCGAUGCUCUGGAAAUGCAAGAACAAGCAGAGAAAGAAAAUUGGGAUGAAUCCGAGCACAUGGAGAAACGCCGAGUGAUGUCGCAAAAGCGCAAGUAUAUGCUGAUGGGCUUAGCGACAGUUGGUGGUGGGCUGGUCAUCGGCUUGUCCGCUGGACUGCUGGCUCCAGUGAUUGGAGCUGGCCUUGCUGCAGGGUUGACUACCGUGGGCAUCUCUGGAACCAGUGCGUUCUUGGGAGGUGCUGGCGGUACCGCUUUGAUUGCCUCCGGUGCCAGUUUGGGUGGCAGCGUCAUUGGUCUGAAGGCUUCACAUCGACGUACAGGAGCAGUCCAGACAUUUGAAUACCGUCCUCUUCACAACAAUAAGAAGCUUAAUCUUAUUGUGACUGUCUCUGGCUGGAUGACUGGCAAGGUCGAUGAUGUCCGACUCCCAUACAGUACUGUCGAUCCGAUUAUGGGUGAUAUUUAUUCCGUUCUCUGGGAACCUGAGAUGCUUCGCAGUAUGGGUGACACAAUUAACAUUCUUGCAACAGAGGCAUUGGCCACAGGCCUCCAGCAAGUACUCGGUAGUACUGUUCUGAUGGCUCUGAUGGCCUCUUUACAACUACCGCUUGUUCUUACAAAACUCGCCUAUCUCAUCGAUAAUCCCUGGAACGUCUCUUUGGCUCGCGCUCACUACGCAGGCUUGAUCAUGGCGGAUUCUUUGCAGGACCGGAACCUUGGAAACCGGCCCAUUACGCUACUUGGUUUCUCGUUGGGUGCACGAGUCAUCUUCUCUUGUCUCAAGGAACUUUCGGACAAGGGUGCCCAUGGACUCAUUCAGAACGUGUAUCUGUUUGGAUCUCCAAUCGUGGCCAGUAAGGAUGAAUAUCUGAAAGCCCGCAGUGUCGUGUCGGGUCGAUUUGUGAACGGAUACUCUAACAACGACUGGAUUCUUGGGUACCUCUUCCGGGCCACCAGUGGUGGUAUCAUGCGUGUUUCUGGUCUCGCGCCCAUUGAAGGCAUUCCGGGGAUUGAGAAUUUCAAUCUUACCGAGCUUGUGAACGGUCACAUGGACUAUCGAGCUGCCAUGCCUCGUAUUUUAAGGGAGGUUGGCUUCGAGGUUCUUGAGGACGAAUUCGCCGAGAUUGAGGACCCUGAUCCAGAUAGUCAUGCCGAGCGACAGAGAGAGUUGAUUCGCGAAAUCGACGAGGCUCGUCGAGAAGCCGAGCAGAAACCAGAGAAAAAGCGCUUUGGCCUUUUCAAACGGGGCAAAAUGGCGGAGAAAAAGGCAUGGGAGACAUAUGACGUCGACCGCAAUUCUCCGCUGCGUGCCUCGACUGAGCCUAGCAGUGCUCCGGGUACUGUACUAUUUGAUAUAGAGGCUAUUCGAGCCGAGCUGGCUUCCGAGGCCAUCGAAGUCAAGCAGCUGGAAUCCACCUUACCUCCAAUGAAGCUCGAUUUGAACCCCCGCCCGGAACCCGCUCAGCCCGCGACGCCAAAGGACGAAGAACACAAGGCCGAGACUGUUGAAGCACCCCCCGUCACCCGAACAGCAUCGGAGCCUCGGUUGAACACAGUGUCUCAUCCUCCGCAUGAAUCUGCGUCGCACAAGGAAGAUGAACUCGAAAUGACCUUUGAUACUUCGUUCCAUGACCCGCCACCCCAGUACUCAUUCGAUACCCUUACUCGACCAGAAUUACGAUCUACCGUCAGCCUGCCUAACAACAAUGUUGGAAGCAGUGCGGUCGGGGCCAUGGCGCUGGAACAUAAUGCCUGGGCCGAUGACCAUGACGGGGGAAUCUCCAUGACAUUUGAGUAA